UGAAAUCAAGACAGCCAUCUUGAAGGAGAUCAGGGAGAAACUGAGUAUCAUCGACGUGGUGCAAGCAAUCAUCGACAACGUCAUGUCAUUCACUGUCCUCCUGGUGGUAUUCAAGGGCUUCACCUACCGGAGGAAGUACUUGAACAAGCCAGGCUUUGAUAAUGUCUACAUAACACGACACCUGUUCCAGAUCGAAGCUCGCAGGCAAGAGCUGGAGCAAGAGACCUUGUUUCCUUUGCGUCAUAUGGAAAAGUACAAAUAUCUCCCUACUUUUGCUUACUGGAUGACCAAAAAUGAGGCAAAGAAACUUAUUAAAGGUAUAAUAUUCUGGGUGUUCGCUGCCUUCCACGCUAUCUACUACAUGGUCUGUGACUACGCCGUAUACUGGGUGCUGGAUCUGGUGAGGAGACACAUGGACUUCCAUACCAGCUCCGCUCUGCCACCUCACCUGCAGUUCCAUGUUCGAGGCCAGGGACCCAUGUCGGACAUGUUCAAGUCGAUGGUAGGAACCGUGCAACCUGUAGCAGACGAAAAUCUGGACGUAGACACCGGCACCUGCCUGCCCAACCCGAAAAAACCGAACCUGCCUGUGUACAGAACCAUCGCCAUACUUCUGAUAAUUACUUUCUUUCUGACGAUCUUUGAAGCCUACGCUAUGAGGAUGCGACACGCCGUCGGUGCAUGCUACUACCCGUAUCGAGAGAGAGUCCGCGCUGUGUGGCUCUACAACCACAUUUUAACGAGGCGCGGAAGUUUCCUGAUUUUCAUGAGGCGACAGCUGAGGAGGAGAUUUAAAAAUGAGAAAUCCGUUCAGAAAAUUAGCAUCAUCAGCAGACUGCAAGCGCAGUUCCGUAUAUGCAAAAUUCUGUGCAGACUUUUGGGUCGCCGCAGAAAGCACUGUCUGUCUUGUGGAAAGGAGGGUAAAGUGGAAGAUCUGGACAACUUUAUUCACUGUGACAACUGCAAGUCGCCAUAUUGCAACGAGUGUUUCAUAGCCCUGGGUAACGUGUGCACUGCAUGCAUGAAUCCUGUUGACUACGGAGAUUCGGAAGAUAUGAGUGUUGAGACAGAUUCUAGUGAAGAAGAGGAGGACAGAAUGACCCGCGUAUCAAGUCUACAAAGGCGGAAACAGAUGGUCAAACAGAAACAGGCGGAAAAGAAACCAUCCACUGUGCUGAAGUCUUUCCAGGCCAGAUUUUCUGCGCCUCCAGAAAUGGAGUCACCGUAUGGCCAAUUUAGCUCCUUGAUGAACAAAGCCGGCUCGAGGUGCAGUACGUCUUCCUCCUCUGAGGAGAACGACAAUGAAAGCAACAUCGUGGAGGAAUCCACCUCCCAGUAUGACACAGACUACCAGUAUCACAGCAAAAGAAGCACGCCCACCCACUCAGAUGACGAAAGACCACGAAGGAAGAGACUUCGGAAGAGGGUACACAAAGUCACACUGGAUAUAUUUCAUAAAGAUGAUAAUGAGAAUUCAACAUUUUGGAGAACUUUGCCAGCGUGA